AUAGUAACUUCCGGUUAAAAGCGCCACCGGUGCUUGUUUCGCCUAGUCAUUACUAUUUUGUUGUUUAGUCUUUAACAAAACAUGACUCGUGGAAGUAGUGCUGGUUUUGACAGAUAUAUUACUAUAUUUUCUCCAGAAGGGCGCCUUUAUCAAGUUGAAUAUGCAUUUAAAGCGAUAAAUCAGGGAGGCUUGUCAUCAGUUGCAGUACGUGGCAAAGAAUGUGCUGUGGUUGUAACCCAAAGAAAAGUUCCUGACAAGUUGCUGGAUGCUGAAGAUGUGACCCACCUCUUUCAACUGACUGAAAACAUCGGCUGUGUCAUGACGGGCAUGAUAGCUGACAGCCGCUCCCAGGUACAGAGGGCGCGGUACGAGGCCGCCAAGUGGAAGUAUGCGUACGGUUACGAGAUUCCACUAGACAUGUUGUGUAAGAGGAUUGCCGAUGUGAACCAGGUGUACACGCAGAGUGCCGAGAUGAGACCUCUGGGCUGCUGUAUGAUUCUAAUUGGGUAUGAUGAUGAAAUCGGCCCACAGGUGUUUAAAACAGACCCUGCUGGUUACUAUUGUGGUUUCAAAGCAACAUCUGCAGGAGUGAAGCAGCUGGAAGCUAACAGUUUCCUGGAAAAGAAGAUAAAGAAGAAACAGGACUUUACUUAUAAUGAGGCGGCCGAGAUUGCAAUCACAUGUCUAUCAACAGUGCUUUCUGCAGAUUUUAAGGCUUCGGAGAUUGAAGUUGGAAUUGUCACAAAAGAUAAACCCAAAUUUAGAGUGUUAACAGAAGAAGAAAUAGAUCUACAUUUGGCUCAUAUUGCAGAAAAGGACUAAGUUUUCCUUGGUUGGGUCAGUUUAAUUUCCUUGAGUGAGGAGCUGGUCAUUUAUUAAAUAUCUGAUCUAUAAACAUUUGUUCCAUCAUCACCAAAGCAGUCACGAUCAGUGUAUAGACAAAAUUGUAUAAUUGUCUUUCGAAUUGACUGUAGCCAUUGUUUGUUGACACACAGCAUUGUGAUUUAAGUUUUCAUCAGAUAUUUAUUGUUGGCAAAUAGACAUCCAUCAUUCUUGCAAGGAACAUCUCACAUUGUUUCACAACUGUGUAUAUUCAUUUUUACAUUAAAAAUAUUCCAAGUG